CCGUGCAUGGAUGAGGCGCGCUCCGGUGACGCAGGCAGGCGCGCUAGGACGUGUACGCUGAUUGGUUGGUUGUGCCAAAGCUUGUUUGGGGGGGCACAUCGGUGUCACCGAGAAGAGGUUCCCCCCUGAGGUGUCCGAGUGCGGAAGACACCGACAGGCCGAUGAGAAGGGGGGGUUCAGGGCCCGGCGGUGGUUGGCGGGGCCUGAGAGCGGGUGGUUGCCUAAGCCAGCAAAAUGUCAUCCAAAAAAGCCCUCUGUGACCUGGAUGUAAUGGAUUUUCAAGAUUUGUAUGGGUCUCCUGCUAAAAGUGAGACCAGUUCAGUUGACCUAUAUGAUGGACUGGACAUGUCAGUGACUGUACCAGAUGAAACCACUAAACCAUCCAGUCCAUCAAGAGACUGCUUGGACCUGUAUGAGGAAAUAAUUGCUGAAGAAGGAACUGCUAAGGAAGCAUCAUUUAAUAAUCUAAAUACUGAAUAUGAAAAGUGCCAGAAACAAAUGAAACAGCUAGUAAGCAAGUUGAAGGAAAUGCAGUGUUUGAACAACAACUUACAAAAUGAAAACCAGUGCUUAAAGAAGAAUAUUUCUGCUCUUAUAAAAACAGCAAGAGUUGAGCUCACACGUAAAGAAGACGAGAUCAACAGACUUAAUCAACAGCUGUGUGUUCCAGGAAGCUAUCGAAGUUUUAAGUCUGCUCCAGCGCCAUUACUAAGCAUUAAUACAAAAUUAAAGAACAAAGAGCUUUCUGAAGACGCAAUAAAUAAGACCUGUAGCAUAAGGAAAGAAGUGAAACCACAAGAAACUUCCUCUAAAGACCCAAUAAGUAACACUUCCUCUACAAAAGGCAAUUCUGAACUGGUCAAGUCUUGUUUAGAAAAUAAUUCGGAAUCUAGUUCAAAAAUGGAGCAAAAACAAUGCAAGGAGAAUGAAGGAACAGAUAAACCGUCUUCAAGCAUAAGGAAAGAAGUGAAACCACAAACUUCCUCUAAAGACCCAAUGAGUAGCACUUCCUCUACAAAAGGCAAUUCCGAACCGGUCAAGUCUUGUUUAGAAAAUAAUUCGGAAUCUAGUUCAAAAAUGGAGCAAAAACAAUGCAAGGAGAAUGAAGGAACAGAUAAACCGUCUUCAAGCAUAAGGAAAGAAGUGAAACCACAAACUUCCUCUAAAGACCCAAUGAGUAGCACUUCCUCUACAAAAGGCAAUUCCGAACCGGUCAAGUCUUGUUUAGAAAAUAAUUCGGAAUCUAGUUCAAAAAUGGAGCAAAAACAAUGCAAGGAGAAUGAAGGAACAGAUAAACCGUCUUCGAGCAUAAGGAAAGAAGUGAAACCACAAGAAACUUCCUCUAAAGACCCAAUGAGUAACACUUCCUCUACAAAAGGCAAUUCCGAACCGGUCAAGUCUUGUUUAGAAAAUAAUUCUGAAUCUAAUUCAAAAAUGGAGCAAAAACAAUGCAAGGAGAAUGAAGGAACAGAAAAACCGUCUUCAAGGCACAAGUUAAUGGUAGACAAGAAAAGUAAAAAAGAAAUGGACUCGGAUAGUCAGAGUAGAGAUGUAGGUCGACGGCAAAGGAGUGAAGGACACAGAUCCAGUCCUAGCACUGUAACCGAUGAUGGUGUUUGUGAAAUAAAAGAAAAGUCACAUGGACAACCAACAAAAACUGGGAAAAGUGAAAGCUCUCAAGGAAUCAGAAAUUCGAAAAAAUCUGAUGUUGAGUCCAAAACGGACAGUAGAAAACACUCUUCAAGCUCCCAUGAUAAACCAAGCUUUUCAAAGGAAAACCCACGGGGCCAAGAAUUGCAUCAUAUAAAAGAAAAGCAUUUAAAAACGCAUGAAAAAUCUGAACACAGAAAGGAGUCUAAGGGGUAUGAGCGAGACAAAACUGUGGGACACAGAACAAACGAAAAGGAUGAUGAGUUCCAACGGUUGAAAAGAACCCAUUCUUCGAGUCUUAAAAACGAAUACUCUCAAAAAUCCUCACCAUCAGAACAGAAUGUUGGCAAAGGAAUUAUAGAAUCUGACAGAAAAGAUAAACGCUGCUCAGAAUACAGCGAUUCCAAAAAUAUAAGCAAAGACUCAAAAUCAAGCAAAACUGAAGUUAGGCCACCAUCAUCCAAAAAUAAGCAGAAAUGUGAUAGCAAAAGUUUAACUGAACGGGAAAAUAGAACUGAAAAGAGAUCUAAAAAUGAAGAAAAUAUUAGAUCUGAUCAAAAUCACAGAGGGCACCGAAAAGAAGAAAAAGUGUCUCGCCAUUCUUCAAAUAAAGUAAAAGUACAAGGUUGUCCUAGUAAAGUUGAAGUCCAGUCCCAAAACUUUGCAAAAGGCUUAACUUGUCAGAGGGAAGAUAACUCUGUAAAGGACUUGAAGUUAUCCUUUAUGGAGACUCUUAAUCUGACCCUUUCUCCAGCUAAAAAAAAAAGUCAGGAUUCAGAAUCUGCCAACUCUCCUGUGUCUACUGGGGAAACUGACAUGAAUUCUAUAAAUGCAGAGGCAUCUUCUAAAGUGUGCACAAGCAGUAAUGAUGGCACAGAUUCUCAUGAACAUUUAAGUAAACCUAACUCAAUGUAUUUGAAACCUAGUACAAAAAUGUCUGUAGAAAAUCCAACUUCUUCAGACGAUUUAAAAUUGGUGCCUCAUUCUGAGCCUGUUAAAGCUACUGUAGCACUUCACAAAGAGCAAAUAACCGUGACCAUUGAGGAUAAGGCUCUUGCCGAAGCUGCUCUAUCAAAUGUAGAUUGUCCCCAUGUCUUGCAUAUGGAACCAGAGGCCAACAUUUCUGAUGAUAUGGACACGCAAAGCAUUUUAAAUGAAUCUGAUUUUAUUGUGCUUGAUUCUUACAUUGAAACUGACAAGUGCAGCAGUAAUGAAAUCCCUUCUGAAAAUCUGAACAUGUCUUUGCCAGCUGAAAAUGUCCAAAAUAAUGAAGUCAUCUUGGCGCAGAUAUCUGAAGAUGUAGACCAGACAAACGGCUUGAAACCAAAUAUAACUGGGUCCACAAAAGGUAUAUUUGAAUCCUCAAAUCCUGAUCAGUGUUUACAUGAUGAAAUAAGUCUUGACUUAAAUUUCUGUAAACGUAUACCUAAAGUCGUCAGUCCGCUAAAAAGCCCAGCCAGACCUUUAGCACAUCUACCUACAACUGAAUGCACAACCAAGGCUUCAGUAGUGAGCGUUUCAUAUAAAGAUCUUCCAUCAGAUGUGAAUAUAAGCACUCCAAAUGAACUGAACAAAGAGAAUUGUAAACCAGUCAACAAAACUGAUGUAGGCUCUGAAACUUUUCCCAUAGAAAUUUCUUCCGAUGAAGUUGAGGAAGGGGAGAUUAUAAGUGACGAAGAACCAGAUAAUGAGCAAUCCUCACAGUCUAAAAGUAGUCCAAGCCAAACCAAGCCCAUCAAAGAUACAAAUGUGAGCAAGAGUCCCGAAAUUCGGGAAAGCAAGAAGGCUUCUUUGAUCAAACCAAAUGGAGUAAUUUCACCACUGAGGCAGUCCACUUCAAAAACUAAGAAACAAAAAAAUAAUAAAAUGGCAAAGUUGGUUGCAUUGCCAAUUGACAAAGGAAAAAAUGUAAGUGAUGUCUCUUGCCUUGAUGGAGUCUUACAAAUUGUUCCUCCAACAAAUAUACAGGAUGUUCUACAGAUGUUGAGAGUAAUUAGAAAUCAUAUAAGAAGAAAAUACAUGAAAUUUAAGAUGCAGAUUCCACUGUCCCAGUUCCAUCGCUUUGUUGAAGCCUCAUCAUUAUGCUUUACCACUCUAGCAAACAGUUUGGAUUGGUCUAGGUUGUGUUCUUCACCAGAUAAAUUGCAAAAACAAUUGUGUAAGCUUAUUGAAUCCAGGCUAAAGCAGCUUAAAAAUAAUGGAAUUGUAGAUCGGAUCUUUGAGCAGCGGCUCAUAGACAUGAAAAAGAGGCUAUGGAAAUUUGUAGAAGAACAGCUUGAUUCUUUAUUCGAUACCCUUAAAGGAAUGACCGUACAACUUUGUGACAAGUCCAGAUUGGAAGAUAACCAAGAUGAGAAUAAAAGAAGCACAUUGUCUACAACAAAAGUUAAAAAAUCAGAUAGAAUAAAGUCUCAAAAAGUGAACAAGACUUCUAAGGCUAAAGCUUCCCUGGCCAAAUUAGAAAAUGAACGUUUUUUAAGACGUUUGGACUUUCAGUAUCAAAGAGAUGCUGCAGACUCAAAACCUCAAGCUAUAGAGGACCCCAUUGUAGAAAAGAAGCGCUUAAAAGAUUUGCGUACUACUUAUGACAAAAAUUGUAUUUCACCUUCUAACCACAUGAGCCCAAAACCAAAAAUGCCUCCUUCCUCUACUGCCAAACGUGACACAUCCAAUGAAUUUCGAAUAGAUCAACAAAGCUCUGCAGGUUUAUCCUUUAACUUGGUAAGUGAUGAUCACAUGGGUGACAUUUUUAAAACUUUGCUGAAUGACUCUGACAAUUUAGAGCUUAACACCCUGCAUGAAAAUAUAUGGAUAUUGGACACUCCAGAGAAAAAAAGCACUUCAAGUCAAAAAUAUGAUUCUGUAAAUUCUUUGACAGAAAUUAAAACUCCAAUUAUGGAAGCUUUUCCUUGGACUUCAAUUUCCCCUCCACAUAUCAAUACUUUGCCUAGACAUGAGACAAUACUAACCCCAGAUGUUUUUGAUGAAAGCUGCUUGCUUGAAGUCCCUACCAGUACCUCUUCUAGCAAAAGCAUAUCCUUUUCUGAGGACAGAUUCAAGUCUUAUUCGGUUCUUAUGGAAGAUCUUGCUGUGUCUCUUACAGUUCCUUCACCCCUGAAAUCUGAUUCUCAUCUUAGUUUUCUUAGACCAGUUUGUGAUCCUGAAUCAAUAUCUAAAAUAAGUGCACAUUUUUGUGAAAAUGCUGUCCUGGAUGAGGAAGAUGCCACAGAACAGGACAUACAUUUAACUUUGGAUUCAGACAAUUCAAGCACAGGUUCAAUGGAAAAUUCAAAUGAACCUGAUGGUUUUCAGUGCCAUCCAAGCGAACCCAUGCAAGCAGUUAUAAUGGAGAAAUCUAAUGAUCACUUCAUUGUUAAAAUAAGGCGUGCUGUAUCCGCUAGUUCUCCAGUGUCUGACAGCUCUUCUGUAGUAGAAUCUGACGUUGCAGCCACAGACCAGUUGGAAAGUACACACUGUUACAUUCUUGAUGAAAACUUACAAAAAGGGACCCAUACUGAAACCAAGAACAGUUUACUUGCUGAAUCCCCAGUGCCAUAUUCUGAGGAGAGAAGUUUCUCAAAAAUUGAUGCGAAAUCUGCAAACUUUACAGAUGUAAAACCAAGUACAUGUUCAUCGCCUAUAACCGCACACGCCAAAAUAUCUAUUUUAACGGAUGCCUUAAACCAAAGUUUAACAGACACAUCUGAAGUUGAGUUAAAAAAUGUUCUUCAUUCAGAGAAUUCUCAGCUAGACAGUGAGAAAUUGAUGACUGUUUAUACUGAAAAAUAUUCAAAAGAAGAUGACGAGAUAAUGACACCCGUGGAAGAACAGCUGAUUUAUUAUGACAAGAUGGAAACAUCCUUUACAGAAGAGAUAAUAACCAGUCAAACUCCAUGUGCAGACAUGUUUAUGGGGAGUAUUCCCGAAGCUGAGUCUGUAGACGUAAAUCCAAAGAAAAAGAAACGGAAAUCAUCAGAGCAGGGACCUUCAUCAAAGAGGCGAAACGUUUCUUUUCUUUCUGACAAUAAAGAUGAAAAGGAAGGUUCCCGGUGUAGCAAAACUGAGGAUCAAGACAAACCGCUCAGAAAACACAAAAGGGCUGUUAGCGAAGGAAAUGUGGACGUUACUUCAUUUAAACUUUCCCCAAAUGGUGGGAUAUCUGCAAAGAAUGUCAUCAAAAAGAAAGGCGAAGUGGUUGUUUCCUGGACAAGAAAUGAGGAUCGUGACAUUCUAUUGGAAUGUCAACAACAUGGACCAAAUCGAAAAACAUUUUCUGCCUUGGCAUCGAAGAUGAGUAAAUAUCCACAUCAGGUGGAAGAAAGAUUUCGGCAGUUAAUGAAGUUGUUCAAGAAGAGCAGAAAUAGUAUAAGCUGACAUGCUUUUAUAUUAUGAGUAUGGAUCUACAUUUGUUUCUUUUAGAUGCUACUCAGUCUGGACAGUUGGAAGAAAUUGUAGUGACUAAUGACCUGCCCAAGCCUUUCUAGUAGUUUCUUCUCUACUAAACCAGAAACUCUGAUCUACCAGGCUGUGAAAAUAGGAGCUGGUAUGGACGUGCAGAGCAGGUGUACUAGAGUAUGGUGUCCUGUUUUGGCCAACAUCCACGUUCUGUUACCUGCUCCACCAUCUGCCCAAUUGUGCCUAAUAUAAAAGGAAUAGGGUGGAAAUUUCAACAAACAGAACUUGGAAGUCUUUUGGACCUGAAAUUUCAGACCUCUAUAGAGAGAAAGCUAAGCACAAUUUUUACCUACUGUCCUCUUCGCUCCCUCAGCCUGCCUUCACCCAUAUUGCAGUUCUCCUUUUUAACGUUAUUAGUUUCUACCAAUUAUAUUUUCUAACUGUAAAAUAUUGUGAUCAAGCUUGUUUUGCAAAUUUUAAGUUAAUAUUUAUAUACAAAAGCUUUUGUACCAUUUCAAAGCUCUUGUCUCAGUCUCUUGUGGUGUAUACAGCCCUUCUCCCCACUUCAGCUAAAAGUGUAAUUGUUGAGGUCUAUUAUUAUUUCGGUUUUGUAAAUGCUGUACUUGAGACCUGAUCUUCAGUGUUUUAUCCUGUUAACAGCAGCGGUGGUUCUUAAAAUACCUGAAUACAAAAAUAAAUGGUAUAUUUAUAACUUUAAUUUCCCCUUAAAGCAGACCUAAAGGCAAAAAUCCUAUUGGGAGUACAGAAACACAGACAGCCUAAGGCCCCGUACACACGAGAGGAUCGAUCCGCUGAAAUUGAUCCGCGGACCGGUUUCAGCGGAUAGACC